AUGUAUCGACAGAUGCUAAUUCAACCGGACGAGCGCAAAUUCCAACUUAUCAUCUGGCGAAAAGAUUCAAGCCUACCAUUAAAGCAUCAUCAGCUAAAUACAAUCACAUAUGGGACAAGAUCUGCUCCAUAUUUAGCCACCAAAUGGUUGCAGAAAAUUGCAAAAGAAAAUGCAUUGCAAUAUCCUCUUGGUGCGCAGUUUCUACAGGACAAUUUUUAUGUAGAUGACGGAAUUGGUGGGUCAGACAGCUUAACCACGACGAUGGAAAUCCAACAUCAACUGAUACACAUUUCAAAACAACGUGGUCCUAACCUAAUAAAAUGGUGCGCCAAUCACUCACAAUUACUGCAAAAUGUUGGCAUGGAGGAACAAGAAGUUGACAUAGACUUUGACAAUGACAUCAAUCAGACUAUUAUAACGUUGGGGUUAACAUGGAUGCCUAAGAUGGAUCGAUUCUGCGUAAAGGUAUGCCUAGGAAGCUGCAGUCUUGCAACAAAACGCUCAGUCAGCGCCGAUCUUGCAAGGCUCUUCGAUCCGUUGGGGGUACUAGCACCAAUUGUAGUCAUGGAAAAAAUGUUUAUUCAAGAUCUCUGGCAACUGAAACUGACAUGGGAUGAAGCAUUACCAGCCGAUUUGAAUGAGAGAUGGACAACAUUCCGAAAUGAUUUGCAAAAAUUGGACAACAUGAAAGUUUCACGGCACGUGUUUGAAGGAUACAUCCCAGCGAAAAUUCAAAUUCAUGUCUUCUCCGACGCAUCAGAAAAGGCAUAUGGUGCUGCGAUUUACAUUAGAUCCGAGCUGGAUGAGGGACGAGUACAAGUGAGGCUGCUCUGUGCAAAAUCACGUGUGGCAUCCUUGAAACGGCAAACUAUUCCUCGCCUUGAGCUCUGUGCAUCAGUACUGGGUGCUCAAUUAACUGCAAGGGUCAAACCAGACCUUAAGCUAGACGAUGUGGCUACAUACUUUUGGACUGAUUCACAAAUCGUUUUGGCAUGGAUUAACUCAUGCUCAGCAUCAUGCCAAACAUUAGUGGCAAACCGUAUAGCUGUUAUUCAUGAGCACACUACCACUGAACAAUGGCGGCAUAUAAGCUCAAAAGACAACCCAGCUGACAUUCUAUCACGAGGACUGCCGCCGGGGAGACUAGAAACCUGCAAUAUGUGGUUUUAUGGGCCAACAAUCUUGUUUGGUAAAGAAGACACUUAG